UGCCUUGGUGACUCGCGGGGUCUGUAAGGUCGCCCGGGGCCUGGUCUGGCGGCCCCCCCGGGUCUGUCUCCUGCGGGCCGCGGGGGCCUCUGCGCCUGCGCGCUGCGGAGGCUGAGCCCCGGGUCCCUCACCCCACGAUCUGCAGAAAUUAAACCGAACCUGCGGCUCAGCUGCAGCUCCCGCCCGCACGGGGCCCAGCGGCUGGAAUGAAGCACAUCAACUUGUCCUUUGCAGCCUGUGGGUUUCUGGGCAUUUACCACUUGGGGGCAGCGUCGGCCUUCUGCAAACACGGCCAGAAACUCCUGGAGCAUGUCAAGGCCUUUGCCGGGGCGUCUGCAGGAUCCUUGGUUGCUUCUGUCCUGCUAACAGCACCAGAAAAAAUAGAGGAAUGCAAUGACUUUACCUACAAGUUUGCAGAAGAAAUCCGAAGGCAGUCUUUCGGGGCAGUGACCCCCGGCUACGAUUUCAUGGCCCGACUGAGAAGUGGAAUAGAGGCGAUUCUCCCUCCCAACGCUCACGAGCUGGCCCACAGCCGACUGCAUGUGUCCAUCACCAACACCAAGACCCGAGAGAAUUCCCUGGUCUCAAGUUUCUCCUCCAGGGAGGACCUCAUUAAGGUCCUCUUGGCCAGCAGCUUCGUGCCCAUCUAUGCGGGGCUGAGACCCGUGGAGUACAAAGGGCAGAAGUGGGUGGACGGCGGCCUCACCAACAGCCUGCCCGUCCUGCCCGUGGGCCGCACGGUGACCGUCUCGCCCUUCAGCGGCCGGCUGGACAUCUCCCCGCGGGACACGGGGCAGCUGCCUCUCUACGUCAGCAUCGCCAAGCAGGACCUCGCGCUGUCCGUGGCCAACCUGCUGAGGCUUAACCAGGCCCUGUUCCCACCCAGCCACGGGACAAUGCAGUCUCUGCACCGGCAGGGCUUCCGCGACGCCACGGAGUUUUUAUCUAAGGAAAACUGGCUCGACUAGAGCGCUCGCGGCACGCAGCG